CAAAUCUCUUGGUCAGAUGUGCUUUUGCUCUCUCGACGAACACAUACACUUAUUUGGUGUAAAAAUAACCUUGUAAAAAAAUUUUCACCACUUGCCUGCACAAAACUCUGUCCUAUUGGAAUUGUCACUGCAUAACAAACAUGGGAAACCUUCCUUUCCUGAUUUCCGCCUUGGUCUUAAUCUCUUCCGGAUUAAUUUGCGCCCAGAUCGAGCAGUGCGACCGGUACGACCCAACGUCCUGCCCGGUGAGUAACGGUUUCGCCCAGACCUGCACCUGCCAACCGUUCGGAGGCGGGUGCUGGUGCGGGUGUCCCACCGAAUCUUACAUGUGGGAGAGGGAAUGUUACCCGAAACCGGGAGAAAUUGGGGCACCCUGUACUUCCACGGCAACCUGCAGCCUCCUCCCUAACACCCGGUGUCACCCGGACAACGGAGUCUGUGCCUGUAACCCAGACUAUUAUCCUGCCGAUGAUGCUAAAUCCUGCCUUUUGAAGCCGGUCCAAUUAGGCGAUUCAUGUUCGAUGGAGGCAAACUGCGAUGCAUUGGAGGGAACGAUUUGCGCGGGAGGUUCAAACAGCUGCGAAUGCGCGGAAGGACUACUCCCGAACUGGGAGAGGACGAUGUGUACGAAAAAGGCGGGAAAAGUGGGGGACAUCUGUUCCGAUUUGAACCCGUGUGAUGAUAUUGCCGCGUCGGAUUGUGUGUCCUCUGGGGAAGGUGAGACAUCGUGUCAAUGUUCGGAAAAGUAUGUCCCCAGUCAACCCCACGAGGAGAGAUGUGUCCCUACCAAGAUUGGCCUGAGGUGUUGGGAAGGUGGGGCAAGCUGUGAAAAUAUUCGAGGCGCGAGUUGUUUCGGACGAGAAGAGGAAUCAAUCUGCCUCUGUUUGUGGAACGUUCCUACGAUUGAUUUGACGGGAUGUGAGACAGCGUAAAGAAAAUUAUGAAUUAUGUGAAGUCAACAAAGAAGCGCCCAUUGCCCAGAUUAUUAUGGAAAUUAUAAUUAUGUAUUAUUAUGAUUAUUAUGGAUUAUUAUGAAAUUUUAUUAAAAAACUAAAUUCAAUCUAGGCUACUCUACUUAAUUGAAUGCAACACUUAAUUAAAAAUAAAUAAUUUCAUGCAGCACAA